UGAUGCAUAGACACGAUAUGGAACUGUACUGGUAAGGGUGGCACUGGUGGCAGUGAUAUUUUUUGGAAUGUUAGCAAAAAUUAAACAGGCUCGAGAAUUUUAUGGUUUAUAAAAUACGAUGUUUUUUCAAGUAUGUACUCUUUUCACUCUCUUGUUAUGUGUACUUAGUGCAGAACUUCAACAAGCUAGACAUGAGGCAAGUCAAACAAUUAUGGAUAUAUCCCAAUGUAGUUCUCUGAAGUCGCAGUGCAAUACUAUAAAAGAAAAUGAUGACUUGUCGUUCUUGGAAUGUGUUCAGUCUCUACAUCCCAAAGAAGUUGAUGGACUAAGUGCUACUUGUCAAACAGUUAUUUGGAAACUUACAAAUAAUGUCAUCUCAAAUGAAAAUGUUAUGAAUCUAGUAGCCUCACCAUGUCGAAAUGAUAUGAACAAUUUAAAAUGCACUAUUUCUGAUGGUAACUUCCUUAAAUGCCUAACAAACGGUAAAGAUGGUGUGGAAAAUGAGGAGUGCCGAGAUAUUAUACUGAGAUUGGAAAAUGUUGCUUUCACAGACAAUCACUUUAUUGACAGUUUUUUAAAGGAGUGUGAAAAAGAUGUCACUGAACUUCAGUGCGGGAAGAUUGAUUCACAAGGAAUGACACAAUUAAAAACUGUAUCUUGUCUUCAAGAAAAUAUUUUAAAAGUGUCUGAUAGAUGUAAAAAAGAAGUUUUUAAACUUACAGAAUUACAGUCUGAUAACAUAAAGUUAGACAGGCAAUUAUAUUUGGAUUGUGCUGAAGAUCAUUCAAGGUAUUGUUCUCAGUUUGCCCCUGGAAGUGGUAGAGUAUUUCAUUGUUUAGCGCGACAAGAUCCAUCAAAACUAGGCUUUAAAUGUAAGCAGAAUUUAUUGCGUAGGAAAAAAAUUAUCUCUCAAGAUUACCGAGUUAGUAAAGGUCUAAUGAGGGCUUGUAGGGAGGAUAUUAAAAGAACCCAUUGCCGAAGACAAACAUCAUCUGAUAAAACAGUACGUUUGGCUCAGAUUUUAUUAUGCCUUGAAAAUAUUUCUAAAAAUGGUAGUGGGGUUUCAUCAGACUGCCAAGCAGAAAUGAUUGAACAUCGGAAAAUGUUAAUGGAAGAUUACAGAUUAUCACCAGAGAUUGUUGAUAAUUGUAAAGGGGAGAUAUCUUAUUUUUGUAAUGGAGUUGACAAUGGGGGUAAAACUAUACAUUGCUUAAUGGAUCAUGCGAGAAAUUCUAUGCAUAAGGAUCACAAUUUUGAUAAAAAGUGUCAAAAAGCUCUGGAAGAUCUAAUUAAACAAGCAGAUAUAGGUGAAAACUGGAAAGUAGACCCGGUACUACAGAAAGCUUGUUCUGCUGUGGUCUCAUCAGCAUGUCAGGAUAUAAAAAGUGGAGAGGCUAGAGUAAUGAAUUGUCUCAUGGAUAAUAUAGGGACAGCUCAUAUGACUGAUGAUUGUGAAGAUGCUCUCAUACAGAUCCAAUACUUUAUUUCAAGAAAAUUUGAAUUGGACUCUCAGCUGUUUACUGCUUGUAAAGAUGAUGCUGUGAAACUCUGCCUUGUAAACAGCGAUUGGGAUCAAACUCAUCCGCAAGUGUUACCUUGCCUUUACAGGUAUGCUGAUCAGGAAGAGAGAUCUUUGCAACUGAACAAAUCUUGCCUAAUGAACAUUCGAAGAAUAAUGAGGCAAAGAGCAUUAAGUGUUGAUCUUGAACCGUCAAUUGAAGAUAAUUGUCUUCUUGAUUUAGGGCAAUUCUGUCAUGAUAAAGUGAAGAAAGGGGAAGAAAUGUUAUGCUUGCAAAAAAAUUACAAUGAUUUGGAAGACCAGUGCCAAAAGACUGUAGGUUUGUUUACAGAAUUCCAAGCUGAACAUGCAGAAGUUAAUCCUUAUAUAAGCAAGUAUUGUGGUAAAAUUAUUAAAACGCUGUGCACAACAGAAGCUAAGAAUGAUGAAGGGGAUAUCAUGGAAUGUUUGAUUACUCAUAAGAAUGAUGUGUUGGUAAAAGCUAACCAGCCUUGUCGAGCUAGCAUUGAACAUUUUCAAUUAAUAUCUUUGAACGACUACAGAUUUUCAUACAAGUUUAAGGUUGCCUGCAAGCCUUAUGCUAUGCGGUUUUGUAGUCUUUCUCAUACAAAAAAUGAAGUGGUACGAUGUCUCAGUGAGCAAGUUCUUAAUGCUACUAUUAGAGGCAUCAAAGGUCAGGUAUCACGUGAGUGCAAGCAGCAAUUAAAGGCACAAUUAUUUCAACAGCAUGAAAGUAUUGAUUAUGAUCCUGUACUAAAGGCGGCAUGUCAACCAGAUAUCAAAAAGUAUUGCAAUCAUAUUUCUGCAGAAAAUGCGCAGGUUUUAGAGUGUUUACAGACUGUAAACUCAAAACUAACAGACAAAUGCGAAAAAGAAGUCUUCAAAGUGAAAAAACAGGAAAUUUACGACAAUUCCGUCGACUAUGCUCUUAAAACAAUGUGUGCAGACGCAAUCGAACAAUUUUGCCCACAUCAAGAUAAAGAUAACGUAUUAGAAUGUCUAAAGAAAAACAAGAAUGAACUUGGCUUCAACAAAAAGUGUCGAACUAUCGUCAUUCAUCGGAUGAUCGAGCAAAACUCUAACUAUCAGUUAAAUCCAUCUUUGCAACAAAAUUGCAACAUGGAUAUUGAGAAGUUUUGUGCAAAUAUUCUCUCUAGUCAUGUGAUAGGUAAUGCGGAUGAUGUUGUUAUAAAAUGCCUAAAGAGCCACUUCAAAUUGGGAAAGCUAUCUAACAAAUGUGAAAAGGAAAUUACUUCUAUCCUGCGAGAACAAGCCUUAGACGUGAAUUUAAAUCCACUCAUUCGAGCUGUCUGCGCAAAUGAAUUGAAAACUAUUUGUAAAGUUAAUGAUGAGGAAAAUUCUGGAGAUGCAGAAGAAUGUUUGAAAGAUGCGCUUCUAAAUAGUCGAAUUCAAACGCCUGAAUGCAAAAAUGAGAUUGCCAAUAUGAUAGAGGAAUCGCAGGCUGAUAUACAAGCGGAUCCUCUCUUACAAAAAGCAUGUGCCUUGGAUUUGCUCAAUUACUGUAGUGACAUACCUCAAGGCAAUGGUAGACACAUAAACUGCCUUAAAAUAGUACUAGAGGGAAAUCAAAAAAUUUCAGUUAAAUGUAAAAAUAUGCUGAAAAAGAGAUUUGAAAUGUAUAGAAAUGCUGCGCAGUUAGUUGGAAUGGGGCCACCCGAGGACCUGCAGCAAUUAUACAAUCAAGUGGUGAGUUCUCCAUCAAAACAAUAUUUUUUUCUUAUAUUACUAACGAUCAUUGGGUCAAUAUUUUUGAUUGGUAUUAUGUGUGGAAGACUCAACAAAAGGAAAUAUAUGCUCUUGAAGACAAAGUAAGAA